UGAUAAAGAAAAACAACCUCGAAUUUCAAUUUUGAUUUUUGAAAUUUGAAAUGAAAAUCAAAUAACCACUCUUUUUUUUAAUAUAUAUAUAUAUAUUCUUUUCUGAACGGAAAAUCCAAUGGCCAAAACACACACUGACCCCUGUUGACACGCUUUACUGCAACUACUUCAACUACUAAUAUCAGUCUUACUUUUAUCAUCAUCAUUUCAUGUUAAGAUCAAUCCUAGAGCUAUUACUCAGACUGCAACAACUAAUAUUAUCUGACAUAGUUCUUGCUAAUAUUAAAACUGUCAACUACAAGUUCUAUAAUUAUUAUCAACGGAUUAUCAUUAUUCUGUCGGCUCUCCUAAUGUCACACAAAACUUCACUAUUGUUAUUUGUAUUGUAGCAAUACGUCUGUAUUAUCUGGUGGUGUUGUUUUUGUUCUGUUUGUUUGUCUCUAUGCAGCUCCACCACCAUCACCACAUCCCCUCCUAUCCUUCCAAAUAAGCACAGGGUAACCAUGGCAGAAAGCUGUUCCACAUGAGACCGGUUCUGCUUGCGGUUUCUGCCUGUUUAAGGAAGUUUCUCCUUGCCACUGUUACUUGCAAAAUGUACCCUCUGUAAUAUGAACUUUUUUAAAAUGAAUUGGGGCUAUUCAAAUAAAUAUGACGAUAACUGAUUGAUUGAAGUCUUACUGAUUUAAAAAAGAUGACUGAUUAAGAAUUGAACACUUGUUAAAAUAGAUGUCCAUUGCGCCCUGAAUGGACUUUUUACAGAAAGUUCUAACUUCAGUCGUUAAAUAAAUAAAAACACUGCAGCUGAAUACACUCGGCUCCCUUUAAUGUAAAUAUGAAAGAAGGGAACAAGGGACUUCGGAAGUCAUUUUCUUGACGUCAGAGAUCAGAGCAACAUUUUUUCACACCUGCUACUGUCUGAGAAAAAAAUAGGCUCUGACCUUUGACCUGAGUAGGGAGAGCACAAGCCAUUGUAGUUCAGAUAUACUAUGAUCCGGACCACCAUAAUGAGGAGGAAGGCUGUCAGUCGUGGGAGGGGAUCUGUUUGUCAGGCUCGGACACCUGCUCGCUUUAUAAAGUGUCACGGAUAAUCACUCCUUGCCGUUUGGUCCACUUCCAGUAAGUGUCGAGGGGCUUCUCUGUUGCUUCAUCAAUAUUACACCGCAUGUGCUCUGGAAAAGCAUUUACAGAACUUCAUUGGACACAAGCUGAAUCUACGAGAGGUGACGUAAGGAUGAGCCUGUACCUUUGGAGUUUUUUGUUCCUGUUUCUCUGCCCCAGCAGUAGAGAGAUGGUCGUGGAUAAAACCAGACCAGUAAGGUGGCAGUUAUUUCAGAUGGAAAAAGGACACAACAUUAACCGAAACCUUAAAAGGCAUUCAGACGGGACAUUCACCAGCGACUUCACCCACUAUCUGGAUAAGAUCAAAGCAAAAGAUUUUGUGGAGUGGCUGGCCAGAACUAAACAGGAAGGAUGUCAUGAAGACCUUUUCCAGAUUGCAGCACAAGUUUAAAGUAGCCCAGAAUACAUGUGCUGUUCGCUUGCUUCAUGUCAUCUCGCAGUAUUAAAGAGGACAAAUCAACUGAAACAAAAACAUUUGACAGUUCUUCAUGGUAUUCUAAGAUAAAAGGUACAUUCUGGCUUUUCAUAAUGAACAAAGACAAUUAUCACAAUGUUGGACUUCUAACUCAGUUGUCAUUUUAAAUUGUAACUGAAUCAUUCACUUGAAGUUUAAAUGUCUCUACAGCCAUACUGCCAACUAAGGAUGGAUUUUUUUCCCCGUACUUUUCUUUGACUUUUCCAUGAGACAAAAAGUAACUGAGGAGAAGGAAAUUAAUCUGAGAUGACCAUAAACUAUUUUCCCACUGCAUUUUGAAUUGAGCUGUAUGCUUUUGAUGUUAUG